GCCCUCUUUCCCUUCAAGUUGUGCCAUAUGACCUCCUUCUUCCCUGUAUAAGUAUCCUCUGCUCUCUUCCCUCUGUCUCUUCGUUUGACCUUCACUCGCACUCCUCCGCAUACUUCCCCUCAUCCAGUCAUGUCCCUUCCACGCCGUGUCGCCCUCGUCACCGGCGCUGCCCAGGGCCUCGGCAAAGCCAUAGCCCUCCGCCUCGCCAAAGACGGCCACCACGUCGGACUGAAUGACCUGCCUUCGAAGAAGGGGAUCCUGGAGGACGUCGCGCAUCAAGUCGAGCAGCACGGCGUACGCGCCGGCGUCUUCACGGGCGACGUGACGAAGGAGAGCGACGUCCGUGCAACCAUCGACGGCGCAGCCGAUGCGCUCGGCGGGCUGCACGUGAUGGUCGCCAACGCCGGCAUCCUGCUGCCCACGCCCUUCCUCGACGAGACCCUUCAGAGCUUCAACCGAGUCACCUCCGUCAGCUCGACCGGCACCUUCCUGUGCUAUCAGCAUGCUGGGCGCCGGAUGAUCAAGGAGGGGCACGGCGAGGGGCGCAUCAUAGGCGCAUCGUCGUUCGGGGGCAAGAGGCCCUUGCCCGGUCUGACCUCAUACGUCGCUGCAAAGUACGCUGUGCGAGGAAUGACUUCAUGCGCGGCUCUGGCGCUGGGAAAGUACGGGAUCACCGUGAACGCGUACGCACCUGGUCUCGCUGAUACUCCGAUGGCCGUCGUCGACGGGAUGAGAGAGCACGCCGGCAUCACCCUCGAGAGCUGGGCCAAGUCCUUUGCCAUCCCGCGCCACACCCUCCCCGCAGACAUCGCGGCCCUCGUGUCCUUCCUAGCCAGCAAAGAGGCAGGAUAUAUCACAGGGCAAACGAUUUCCGUCGAUGGCGGGGCCGCUAUGGAUUAGGGUGAGGGAG